UGGAAGUAAAACCUCCUUGAAUGUAUUCCAUCCACAGCCUGGCCCACUCAAGGCUCCCCGUUCCCCCACUCCCUCAUUCCAAACAUAGUGUGUGUGUGUGUGUGAACAUCGUGUUUCUUCGUUGAAAUCGACUCACAGCAACCAUGGCUGACGGUGAGGACACAACUAAGAAGAAGAGGGCUUUCCGCAAAUACACCUACAGAGGUGUAGAUUUGGACCAGCUGCUGGACAUGCCAGCGGAACAACUCAUGGAGCUCAUGCAUUGCAGAGCUCGCAGGAGGAAUUCCCGUGGUCUCAAGCGCAAGCCGAUGGCCCUCAUCAAGAAGUUGAGGAAGGCCAAGAAGGAGGCUCCCGCCAACGAGAAGCCAGAAGUUGUGAAGACUCACCUUCGCAACAUGAUUGUUUUGCCCGAGAUGGUUGGUAGCAUCGUUGGCGUUUAUAACGGCAAGACCUUCAACCAGGUCGAAAUCAAGCCUGAAAUGAUUGGACACUACUUGGGAGAGUUCAGCGUGACGUACAAGCCUGUCAAGCACGGCCGACCAGGUAUUGGUGCCACUCACAGCUCUAGAUUUAUUCCUCUGAAGUAAAAUUCCUCAUUUUUGGUUCAAAACUUAAA